UUUUUUCUUAAUAAAUUUUAAUAUUUGUAGUUAGAAAAAUUAAAAGUUAUGAAUAAGCUUAAGCUUAAACCAGCCUUACCUCGUAAGGUUUAAAUUAUUGAAAAAUCUCCUUAUGAAGUAGCUUAAUCGUAUCAAGAUAAAUGCUAACCUCUUAGGACUCACCUUUUGGCAAAAAUGCAAUCUUCAUAUAAUUAAAUCUAGCCAUCUCAAAUAAGAUUUAUAGCAAAAAAAGUAGAUGAGAACGAUUUGCUAAAUAAAAUACAACUAAACGAGAAAAAAGAAAAUUAGUCUGAAAAUAUACAUUCAUAAAUGGAGUAGUCUACAAAUAAACAAUAAAAUGGAAAUGAAGUAAAGCAGGAUUUAAUAGAAAGGAGUAAAUAAAACGAAUAAAUAUAAUAAAAUAGCAAUAUUUAAAAUGGUAUGUAAAAUAAAAACUAAUCUGAUGACCCAAGUUCUAAUUAAAAAUUUAGAAAAUUAUCUACAUCUCUUCAUGAAAACUCACAAGCAAAAGUUGAUAACGUAGGAAAAUAAGUCAAAAAUAUUUUUGAGACAGCUAAAAUUUACUAAAAUUAUAGUAAGGAUGAAACUUUAGGUCCUCAAUAUACUAAAGAAGGAAAAAUAAUACCUUAUUCUAUUGUAGGAAAACCAUAGUGGUAUGUAAAAGAGUUGACAAAAGAAAUAUAAAAGCAUAAAACUUCUCAAAAUAGUGAUUGCAGUGACUAAACUUAAAAAUUAAAUAAUAAUAUUUUAAAUGAUUUAAUAAAAACAAAAAAUGAUGAGAUUCGUAAAAGAGGGAAUUCUUAUGCACCAAUUAGUCUAAACGAAGACGCUGAUGCCAAAGAAAAGAUGUCUAAAACAUAAAUUUAUCCAAAGCUAUGGCAUCAGCAAGAAGAUAAAACAUUCGUCAGUGAUAUUAAAUUUAUGAAAAGAAAAAAAAGAGAUGAAUUAAUGAAUUAAAAAGACAACGAUGGAAAUGAAUUUUACUAUGAAAAAGAAAUGACUUAGGAGUAAGUUAUAUAAAAAAUUCAAGAAGAAGAAGAAAGGCUAAAAUUGAAUUAAAGCAGAAUAUAAGAAAAUAAUAAAUGUAUACUUAAAUCAUUAACUAUUGAAGAACAACAGUAGCUGUUAAAGGAAUAAAAGAUUUUAGAAAAAUUCGAAAAUAAUGAAAGAAAAUUUGAUGAGCUAAUAUUUAAGUAAUCGAUGUAUAUUCAAAGAGAUCCUCAGAGAUCAAUUUUGUUAUCUUAAGAAUAGCACAGAAAAAAAAUAGAAACAAUUAAUGCAUUUGAAAUUCUAAAGCCUAUAGACUAGAAAUAUGGAGAUUCGUAUUGGUAUAGAACUUUAAGAAGUUACAACUGUGAACCUAGUGAAUAAAAUUCUAAGCGUCCUGAAUGGAAUCCUAACGAUAAAAAUGAGAGAAUCAAAGAAGAGCAUCUAGAAAUUAUUCAUAAAAAAAGAGCUUUAUCUGCUGCAGUCAGAUCAUAAUAAAAAAAUACAUUGAAUGGUACUUUUCUUUCUUUUAAAAGUGGUCACUAUGCUCAAUAAAAACUCGACUAGACUUAGAAUCAAUGGAACUAUGAGCAGGUAAAGCACAUUUAAGAAGAUAAUUAUGAAUAAUAAAAGUCUAUAGAAGCUAUAGGAGUAAACAAAUUUAACUUAGAAAAAGAUUCUAUACUUAGCUACUAAAAUUAAUAAAGGUUAGCACAAUUAACAAAUUAAGCUUAAAAUCAAGAAAAUUCUAACAAUUAAUCACAAUAAAUUCAAAAUUCAUAAACUUUUGACAGAUAUAACUUAUACAAGAGAGGUAAUAGCUCUUUUGUAAGUGGUGGUAGAUCUAGGAUAAACAGUGAAAGUGAAGGCUUUAAUGGUUAGAUAACUUAUAAGACAAAAUUCUUAAAAAAAUAUACUCUGAAUGAUGAAUAUAAAAAUGGAAAAUUCUAAUCUAAUGGAAGUUUAAUCUUUGGUUAUCCACGUUAAGAAUAACAGUAGUCUCCAAACGGUAGUUUUAUUCAAAUAAAUUAACAGUUCCUAGACUAGUUAAAAGACGAAAAUUAAUAAAGUGAGUUUUUAUUUGAAGAAUAAAAUAUUAUGUCAGAAGAAGUUCUUCAUGCUUAGUGGUAAGAUAGACAAACGCUAGCCAAAACAGGAAAAUUUGUUUUCAAAAAAGUAUAGCUAAAAAAUUGA